AUGAAGUUUCUCUUAUUGCUGACCUCGUUGUUGUCGCUGUUUCAAGCUGGUGGUGCUUGUGAUUGUGCCAGUUUGGCUGCUGAUGCGGGUAGCAUCGCUGGUGCUGCCUACGGAACCUACGAAACUUCCGCACCCUUCUUUGGCGAUACCUACACAUUCUCGUUGGUGUACAACGAGGCUGGGAUCACAGGCACAGUUGGCAGAGCUUCGGACGGCGCGAGCUGUACAGGGUCCGGAUCUAUCACCUCAUCUUCGAGCGACACCGUGUCAGGGUCCAUCACAUUCUCGUCCGAUACCAUUGGCAUCUGUGGUGGAUCCGCCUCUGCGGAUAUCUCGUUUGAUGGUUCCGAGUUUACAAUUUCUUUUGGAACAAUCUUGGGUAUCAGCUACUCCGGCACCUUUGAGGGAGACUGUUCGGCUGCUUGUGAUCUUGUCUCUGCUCCUGCGGAAGAAUCUGUCCCAUCCCCAGCACCUUCGAACGCCUGCUUUGCGGGAGAUUCUACCUCCUGGGUCAAGGGCCGUGGGGCUGUGGCAAUGGAGGACUUGCAGGUGGGCGACCUCGUCUUGGAUCAUACCGGGACCUAUCAACCCAUUUUCACAUUUGGUCACUACAAUCCAGAUCAAGUGUCUGCAUUCUUACAGAUCCAUACAAACGCCAAGGAUGACGACAACAACUAUAAACCCAUUGAGAUUUCUCCAGAACAUCUCAUCUUUCUAGCUGAUGAGGAGACUCCUGUCAGCGCUGGAUCCGUGCAAGUGGGAGAUGCUCUUCGUGGAAUGAAUGGACUCGUUCAGACCAUGAAUCACCAUCAAAUACACAUGUUUCUGGCUCCUCUCCGUGUUUUUUGCCUGGGAAUCGUCUCUCCAACCGUGUGCAAUGUCAAUAACGAGGAAGGAGUUUCCCUUGCCGUGUCCAUCAUGACCCAAACUACCCAGUGGGCCCAGUCUCAAAGCAUGUUGGUUCAGAUCCCCAUUGCCGCAGCCUAUGGCAUUCUUCUAGCUGUUUGCUUCCUGUUGGAGGUUGUCUUUGGUCCUCGUCUUGCUCCGCUGGGGGCAAUGGCGCUUUGUGGAGGUGGCUUGUAUUUAUACAGUGCUGCAAAGAGAGCCAGGAAAACUGUCUAA